CUUCAAUAAAAUUUACUGUCAACAUCGGUAGCAACCAAGUCAAUGACUGUUCAUUUAGCUUUCCUUUUCCUGGUGUUUGCUUCUCUUGUAGCCCUUCAUGAAUGCACCAAUGACGAUGAGCUUGAUCGGAGCAUACCAACAGGCAACGAAAUAAUACUAGGACCAUGCAGUCAUUCAACAUGCGGUGUAGAAUCAGCAUCGGAGAACGACAGCAUAUUCCGAAAUUGUUGGUGCUGUUUAUUACUAAAAUCACAUCUUUGUUAUACCUAUAGAAUUGUCUGCGAAAACAAUUGCGCACCCGGACCACCUCCUGAUCUUGCAAUUCCUUGACUGGAUCACCUUGCUUUUGCAAGGCUGAGAUGACCCUCUAGUUGUUGAAACCAACAUGUCACUUGUUUCCAAUAAUCAUGAAUAAGAAGUGGCCAAAAUAAAUUUUAUUA